AAAAUCAGUCAAUAGACACACAAAUUAUUGAGGCAUAAAACAUACAGGGCAAUUUAUCUUCUCUUAAAGCUAUUAACACUUACAAUCAUUAUUGCAGGGUCGUGUUACAGUCUCCCAACAAUAGGGUAUCUCACCUAGAAAAUCCCCCACAUACAGGUGUUACAGAAGAUUUGAAAUGACCUGUUUACCUGCAUAUCAUUAAGCUACUGUUGAAAGUUUAGAAGUGUUUUGAUACCCUUUCAAUCAGCCCUUAUUGUCAUUUAGUUUAUAAUGGUUUUAAGUGUACAUAGGACAUGUUCAACAAGUGAGCCCCAGUUUAGUAUCAAGGUGACAAUACUAUACCGAGUUGAACUAAUCCUAAGGUAGGACUUGUUUGACAUAAACAGUAUGGACUGACUGCUGAUAUACUUUGUAGUGUUUGCACAGAUGUUAAUUUCUUCUCAACAGUUUUAAAUAGGAUAUAUCUAAUCUUAAAUAAGGUGUUUGGGUUUGGACCUGUGUGUGAUGCAGUAACUGUUAAAUUUGAUGUCUGCCCUGUACAUUAGACACAGUGUACUUGUCGUUACCAUUGAAUGAUGAAAAGUAUAAAAGUGAAAAAUAUAUAUGUUCAAAUUUAAACAUUUGCAUUUAAAACCUCAAAAUUGUACAAAUGUGAAUGAAAUUGGUAGAAAUUAACACUUCUUUAUUUAUCCAACAUAAUUUCUGUGUAAUUACUAUGAAAUAGAAAGUUUACAGUGUUUUCAACAAAAUAUCAGAAGGUAUAUUUAGUGUUUAAUGAUAGCCAACUCCUGGGCUCUUUAAUUUCUAUAAUGUAUGGAUUUGGUGAAAGUCUGUCAGAAGUGACUAAAAAAGUUUCUGCUACCUAUAGUGGUUAGUGUUGAAAUUGAGAAAUUGAAGAGAAAUUGGUUGUUCUCUAUCUAAUAUCACUGAGCCUCGUGGCUAUAAGCAGCUGUCAGAUACAACUCUAAAGCUGUUCUCUACAUAAGAAGCCUUUAACUGCCCUAUUCUACUCACACAUCAUGAGUCGAUCGUCAGACGUUGAACUGUGUAUUACUACAGUGAGUACUACCAGCAGUAUAUGUUGUGUACAUAACAAACAAUAACAAUGGGAUAUACAGUGAUUAUGUGUAGGUAAAACCAGUCAUAACAAUGACACAAAUUUCAACAAAUUCAUAAAGGAGGAAGGAAGGAAUUAAACAAUUGAAAACGAAAUGUAUCUGUUGUGGUGGGCACUUACUUUCAGAUGGGUGUCAACUAUUAUAUUAUUUGUCACCUAGCUGUCAAAUAUCUAAAUCAUCGAAAUGAGAGGAAUUAAAUUCCGUAAAGUGAGAAUGCUUUUCUUUUCGAUAUUUUCAUUUUCUUGUUUUUUUGUGUUACUGUUAAAUUUGAUGGUGGUGCAGCUGAAUUCCCCUGAAAAUGCCAGAAAGUUAAAUCUCAAUCCUGGAUCAUUGCAAAGAAAGUUGUCACAGCAUCAAAAAUUUGUUGUCGAAGACUUAGAUAACUCAGAAGAAUUUAGAAAACAUUACCAGAAUGCCAAAAUAAUUGAAAGAAAACCACAAGGGAUGAAAGAAGAAAAUGUGCCACACAAAAGUAACAAAGUUUUUUACAACCCUGUUCAGUACAUCACGGAAAAACAGAAGCAUAAUAUUGAAAUGGAUUAUAAAAUAAGUCAGUUAAAGAAAUUGGUUAAGAAGAAACGCCAAGAUUUCAUUUAUGACUAUGAACCUGAUAUAAACAAAGCUUACAUUGAAGAUGAAGACGAAGAUGAUGAAGAUGAUUAUGAUUAUCCUAAUUCCAAGGAGAUGAACAAUCAUAACAAAGAAUUAAUACUUAAUAAUUUUAAUGAGACCAAAUUAAAUUUUCUAAAGCCAAAAUUAAAAUUUCAUGAGGUUCCAUUAGUGAAACCUGUGAAAUUAGUGACUAAAUCAGUUUUAUCAAUAACAAACAAAACUCAUGUGAUACGUAAUGUAGUUGAAGAUGGAAUUUAUUGGUCUAACGAAGUUGAACAACUUAUUCCUAAAGGUUUUGAUGAUGAUCAACUAGCCAAUUGGACCAAAAACAUCCGCCAACAGCCAAUAAAAUCCUUGAAACUACCGACAUGGAAUAAAUGUGGUCGUGCCAAAAAUAGAUACGUAAUAUUAGGUGAUGGGACAUCACUUUGUGGACGCUACAGGCACCCUCACAAUAAAUUAGUGCUUGGUGAAGUUCUAUCAUUUUAUUUAUCAAAAUUGUUAAAAAUGGACAAUGUACCUGGUGUGGUGUUGUCCAAGUUAGAUUCUUCAACUCUUCAAUGGUCUAGUCAGAAUCUAGAUGAAGCUGGCUGGGAAGAAGGAAAAUUUGUAGCUCUUAUACAAUGGAUACCAGAUAUGGAAACUAGAAAAUCCUAUGUGCAUAUGCCUAAGCAGAUAUUAGAAGCUUUAGAAAGUAAUUCAUUAGUUAAUGCUGUUUCUUUAGCUGAUGAUCACCUUAGUCCACCAGUUUUAUCUGAUCUUGUUCAAUGGGGCACCAUGAUAAUAUUUGAUUAUUUAACUGCUAAUUAUGAUAGAGUUGGUAGUAUGCAGGAUGGUGCUUACAGAGAGAAAAAUCCAAGCAUAUUGAAGGAAAAUAUACGAAAUUUAAGAGUAUCUCUUCAAAAACGGAAAUUAUGGUUAAUUGACAAUGAAAGUGGUUUGUUAGAUGCUUAUGACUUAUUGUAUAAGGGUGGUGAAAAUGGAAAACAAUUCAUAACUUUUCAUCAACAAAUGUUACGAACUAUGUGUAUUUUUCAGCGAUCAGUGGUUCAAGCUUUACAAAGUUUACACAAAACAAUUGAACCUCACAAAACAUUAGAAGACUUUGCUCGACAACAAGAACCAUUUGUGGACCAAAUACCAAAAGACGAUUCCUUCGAUAUAUUUAAAAUUAUGUUUUCCAAGAGACUCAAUGAUGUGUUUGAGUGGAUACUGUAUUGCCAAAAUAGAUAAUUGUGAUAAACUAAUCGUAUAAGUGUUGAUAUAGUCCUAAUAUGUGUUCAUAUUUAAUUCUAAUUCUAUCUAUUUAUCUACAUCCAUCCAUCUAUCUACCUAUUGUUUGUCAAUGUAUUGAUGUUUUCAAAUAUUCAAACAGUACUAAAAUAAUAUGAUUUGUUUCUAUCUAUCUCAGAGAAAACAUCGAAACAAAUUAAAUCUAGUUAUCAGAAGAAACUUUCUGAUCAUAGCAAAGGAUAAUUCUAUUGGCAUUCAGUUGUGAAUCAGUAUUUCUCUGUAAUUAUUAAUUUCCAUAUAUUUUUUUAUUAAAUUACUUUUCUUAGAUUAAUGAUAUCAAGAUUCCAAAUUAAGUUCUAUAAAACAGGAAAGAUAUAUUAUAUAUACAUAUAUAAUAGCCAUACAAUAUUACAGAUCUACAACAAUAUAUUACAUGUAUUUUCUUAUAAAUCUGCUAUAAAAUAAUUAUUUCUCUGUGUAACUUAAAUAUAUGUACCCAUUGUGACUCAUUAAAAUUUAAUCAGACAGUACUAUGACAAGGUAGUACUUAAUACAGCCAUUCAUCCCAUAUAAAUUGAUAAAGUACACCACAACUUGACACCAUAAUUAGUACAUGUAGGUAAUGAUUAUGCAAUGUUUAUAAAUGGAUUAUUCCACAAAGUGUUAUUGCCUCUAUCUAAGCAUGCACGUCUAUGAAUGGCUGAAUUGAAUGGUCAUAGUACUCCUAUAUAUAUAUAUGCCUGCACAUUUUCAGUCGUGGUUCAAAUACCAAAAUUUUCAAAAAUUCCUGACGAAAUGUACAAAUUAGGUUAUGUCCUGUAUAAGGAACACAAAUAAGAAAUAAUUAUUGUGGACAUUCACUGACACCUCUCAUUUAAUUGACUACCAGGUUCUUAACAUAGAUCAGAAAGGGAAAAACUGGCUCAUGAAGCUUGGAUAUGGCUAGCUUCAAAUCAAAUGAAAAAUACAUGCAUUAAUUUGUUCAUUUUUUUUUUUUAAGUCCAGCAGCCCUCCAUAAUCUGGUACUACCACUACUGAUGUUUAUCAGUCGAAAUUUAUUGCAUCAUCUGACAAUGUUUAUUAGAAUAAAAAUUGCUGAAAUUCUAGAAGACAAGAAAGGUUUAAACAGACCUAUUUAAAGAGACCUUAGGUGAUCUACAGGAGAUUAUAAUUAGACAGCACUGGAUUAGUAGAUCAUGCCAGAAUACAAAACAUGUAGAAUGUUGGUUUAAUGUAUUCAAAUCCAUUUUUAUACGCCCACAUUAAAAUGUGGUCGUAAAUUGUCGUCGCCCCCGUCCGUCUUGAGGCUAAAGUUAAUAUCCGAUUGACUUUAAAUUUAUACACAGUGUUUAAGGUCAUGAGAGGAAGAAUUGAAGAAUCCUAUUGAUUUUCAACAAUUUUGGAUAAUUACUGCCAGAGUUGUGGCCCUUAAUCAAUUCAUAAAAUCUUGUGGACACUCUAGAGGCUAAAGUUAAUAUCCGAUUGGCUUUAAAUUUCUACCCGUGUCAUGAGACUAAGAAGCCUAUUGAUUUCCAGCAAUUUCCGAUAAUUACUGCCAGACUUAUGGCCCUUGAUCACUUUGAAAAUUCUUGUGGAGACCCUAGAGGCUAAAGUUAAUAUCAGAUUGACUUUAAAUUUAUACACAGUGUUUAAGGUCAUAAGACGAAGAACCCUAUUGAUUUCCGAUAAUUAUUGCCAGGGUUAUGGCCCUUGAUCACUUUGAAAAAUCUUGUGGAUGCUCUAGCUAGACGCUAAAGUUAAUAUCUGAUUGACUUGAAAUUUAUACCAGAGUUAUGGCCCUUGAACACUUUGAAAAAUCUUGUCGACGCUGUAGAGGCUAUAUAGUUAAUAUCCGAUUGACUUCAAAUUUAUACACUUUGUGUAAGGUCAUGAGACGAUGACGCCUAUUGAUUUUCAAUGAUUUCCAAUAAUUACUGCUAAUGUUAUGGCCCUUGAUCACUUUGAAAUAUCUUGUGGACUCUUUAGAGGCUAAGGUUAAUAUCCAAUUAACUUCAGAUUUAUACAUAGUGUUUAAGGUUGUGAGACGACAAAGCCAAGUGAUUUUCAAUGAUUUCCGAUAAUUACUACCAGAGACCCUUGAUCACUUUGAAAAAUCUUGCGGACGCUCUAGAGGAUAAAGUUAAUAUCCGAUGGACUAUACAUUUAUACACAGUGUUUAAGGUCAUCAGACGACGAAACCUAUUGAUUGUCAAUGAUUUCCGAUAAUUCCUGCCAGAGUUAUAGCCCUUGAUCAUUUUGAAAAAUCUUGUGGAUACUUUAGAGACCAUAGUUAUCAUCUGAUUGAUUUUAUAUUUAUACACUGUGUUUACUCCUAUAUAUAAUCGUUUCGAUUGACUUUAGAUUGAUACAGAGUUUAAGGUCUUGAGACAAACAAGUAUAUUGAUUCUCAAUGAUUUUUGGUAACUUGAAUAGCUAAAUCCAUGGUAUUAAAUGUUUUGUAUACUAAACGUUAGAUUUUAGUGUAUUAUGAAUGUUUCAUUACCAACGGAAGUAAAAAUAUGUGACAACUCAUGUUGACUGCCUGGACGAUUUAGCUGCUGUGGGUGUAUGUUUCGUUGCCUGGCAACCUAUCUUAAUUUACCACGAUAAGUCAUAAUACAGCCAUCCUAAAUAUUGUGAAUUCCAUUAUACAAAUGUUGUACAAAUAUAUAUAUGUGUGAAUGUUAGAAUCAGAUUACUAUAUUAUAUAUAAGUCUAUUAUAUGAUGUUAUAUUUAUUUGUCUUUAUAAUAUUUGUGUUGUAAAAUAUUUUUAUUUAAUACGACUAUAUAUUUUGUAUAUACUAUUUGUUAUUAUUAAGUCUUAAAUUACAAAUAUUACAAAAAAAAGGAUAACAAAUUUUGU